GCAAUAAACAUGGAAAUUUUCAAGUUUGUGAAGUAGCCGACCUCUGAAAACAGGCUAAUUCAGUCAGAAAACGGCUGAACUGACAGCACUGGGCAGCAGCUGAAGCGGCGACCAGUAUUUGUGAAUGAAAUACUGUACGAAUCAUCAUUGUGUGUCGGGCCGGGCGCGAGCUCGUUUACCUGCGCGUUACUGAGUUGAGUUAGUCGAGUUUUUGUCGUCGGCGCGAUCAGUUGCUGGCAGCUGCUUAGCUGUUCUCGAAACGUGCCUCUGUUUUUCUCAAUUUCUCAGUGUGUGCCUGCAACAGUUGUGUAAAUAAUAAAUAAAGUGUGCGCAAACUUUGUGCAGUGCAAAGUUCGUUGCUUCAGUCGUUCGUUCGUUUGUUGUGUAGCAAAAACCAUAAAACAUAAAUGUCGAGACGGCAAAAACGUGAAAUGCAUCUGAGCCGACAAAUGCAAAUGCAAACGCGCUUGUAAAUGUAAAUUUGACAAUUCUGAAUGGCCGUCGGCAUUUUUAUUGUUUGGUUGUGCUAACGCUUACCUGAAACGCGGACAGCCCUUAACGAGUCCUGCAGCCGGCUAGAGGCAACAGAAAACAAACAGAAAAAAAAGCAAACGUCGUCGCAUCCGUUUCCGGUUCUUUGUGUGUCUGAUAGUCGUAUUUGAUUAUUGUACUUGUAUUCAACGCUCAUUCAUGAAUGAAAUUCUGUGUACUGUGUGCUGGUGCGUCAUGUCCCUGUCCCUUAGCCUGUCGCUGUCCCUCUCCCGGUCCAACGGUGUCAACUGAGCGGCGCAUUGUUAUUAUUGUUACCUACUAGACCCAGGCCCAGGCCGAGGCCCAGCCAAGUGCACCGUAAAGAUCUUUAUCGCAUUUUCUGGAGCAGCAACCGUUUCUCAGCCCAGCUCAGCUCUGCUCUGCUCUGUCUGGUCUGUCAGUCAGUCAGGUAGACAAAACAUUCGGCCAAGUUAAUGCGGUUUAUUGUCUCAGUGGACACACAUUCGCAACGAUCUAUAAACGUCGCUCGUUGACUGAUAAAUCGGCCCGGUUAUCGUCUCGCAAAUACUGCUAUUUAAGUUUCGCACGCUGAUAAAUCGAAGACAGCGAGAGGAAGGCAGAGACUCCAGACAAAUACAAAUAGCUAGCUGCUUCGACAAAAUGUGGCCCAAACUAAGCUGCCUGCUGCUGGCUCUUUCGCUGGUCGCAGCCAAUCAGCUGAAGGAUCUGCUGGAGGAUGCCACCACCCCCGCCAGCAACACCACCCCCGCCAGCAGCACCACCCCCACCAGCAGCACCACAGUCAGCGCCUAUGUCAUAUCGGCUGCAGCUGUGUCCGCCUACAAUGCGGCCACGCCCAAGUCCAAGUCGAAAAUGGCAACGGGCAAAUACUUUAACAAGAGCUCGCCCAAAAAGCGCAAGGCCGAGGAGGUCUCCUCGCUGCCGCUGCCCGUGGACACUGAUGGUCUGCUCGAGUGGAAGUGCCCCAAUAUUUCGGGGACACGCAACGCCGAGCUCGAGUGCGGCUGCGAUCUGCCCCACACGCUGCGCUGCAACAUCGAUCUGCAUGGACUUUUGAUACUGGCGGACAGGCUGCGUAGUUCGCCGUAUUCCAUCUCGUUGCUGGACUGCUCGCUGCGCAACGUGACCUUCCUGAGCGACGCCAAGAUCUUCGAUGGCAUCUCGCUGCACGGCCUGGUCAUCUCAUCCGGCGAGAUCAAGCGUGUGCACAAGUCCGCGUUUCUGGGCAUCAAGGGACCGCUGCAGGCCUUGGGUCUGCCCGGCAACGCGCUGCUGAGCGUGCCCUGGAAUGCGCUGUCCACGCUGAGCACGCUGGAGCGCUUGGAUUUGGCGAACAACAAGAUCAAGGCGCUGGGCACGGCCGAUUUUGUGGGCCUGGGCAAUCUGGUGUAUCUGGAGCUGAGCAGCAAUCAGAUCUCGAGCAUAUCGCAGCGCACCUUCAGCAGCCUGCGCAAGCUGGAGGUGCUCAAGCUGGGCGGCAAUCGGCUGGGCGACUAUGCGCAGAGCCUCAAGGCGCUCGGCCAGUUGAGCCUGAGCCUGCGGCAGCUGGAUCUGACGGCCAACAAUCUGAAUGGUCCGCUCAGCGAACAGACGUUGCCGGGCCUGCGCAAUCUCGAGAAUCUGAAUCUCAAUCGCAACAUGAUCAAGAGCAUCCAGAACAAGGCGCUGGCGAACUUUUCGCGCCUGGUCAGCCUCUCGCUGCGCCACAAUCAGAUCGAUGUGCUGCAGGAUCACGCCUUCUAUGGUCUGGGCGCGCUCGACAGCCUGGAUCUGAGCUACAAUGGCAUUGUGGCCAUCUCUAGCGCUUCGCUGCAGCAUCUCACGCGGCUCACGAUGCUCGAUCUGACACACAACUUUCUGCGCGCACUCACCUCGGAUCUGAUUGCGCCGCUGCCGUCGCUCCGGGAGCUGCGGCUGGCCGGCAAUGACAUCUCGAUUGUGGCGCGGAAUGCCAUGGAUCGGGCACAGGAGCUGCAGAGCCUGCAGAUGCAGGACAAUCCGCUGUCCUGCGACUGCAGCAUACGUCCCUUCGCCGAAUGGCUGCAGGUCUCCAAGCUGUCGUCCAGCUUGAGCGCGUCUUGCGUGACGCCGCCGCGUCUGGAAGGCGCCCCGCUGCUGCAGGUGCCCGUCGAGACGCUCACCUGCGACAUGGACAAUGUGGAGAAGGACAAUGCGAAUAUAAUGGAGCAUCUGGAAACGCUGGCCAAGCCCAAUCAGACCUCAGCCCACGUCAAGGACUUGUCGGAGGAGAUUAUUCUGCAUGAGCUGCACUACUCGGCGGAUUAUGGCCUUAUAUUGACCUGGCUGCUGAAUCUCAGCAAGAAGGAUUACAUGUGCGAUGCCAUAUUCGUGUACAAGGAGGAGAACAUCAAUGAAAUACUCAUAGACAAUUCACCCAUCCACUGUGAGAGCAAGGUCGUCAACGGUCAGAACACAGUGAGCGUCAUAGUGCCCGAUAGCUCAUCCCUGGACAUAGGCGAAAGCUACCGCUUCUGCCUGGUCAUGGUGCAGGAGCAGAAUCCGAAGGCAGAUCUAAAUAUUGGCUGCUCGAACAUAACCCAGCUGCAGCUGAGCAGUCCCGGCGCAUUGCCCGUGCUGCGCCAGUAUCAGCGUCGUCCGUACUACACGCCGCAUGAGCUCGAGUCGGAGCAUUUGGCGCCUGGCGAGGAUUAUCCGCUGAAUAAGCGGCAAUUCAACAGCAUUGCGGGCAGCCAACAGCAAAUGCAUCCGCAGCCGCCUUCUGCGCCGCCGUCACCAACGCUGCUGCACAGCUACAAUGUCAUCGAUUCGCUGAACAAGAGUUUUCUGCCUGGCCUGGGUCUGGGCAUUCUGGUCACCUCGGUGGUCGUCUUGAUUUGGGGCGCCACGCGCAUACGCCAGGGCGUGGCCGUCAGCGCCGGCGCAAACGAUGUCAGUCUCAGCAGCAACAGCAACAGCAUGCAGCACCACAACAACAACAACAAUAAUAACAGCAGCAGACCGAGCACGCCCACAGCAACCACCUGCUAUGCCGCCUCGGAUCAUAUAGCACGAAUGGCGGAUGCCGAGAACGGGACGCGUUACCUCAAGCUGCAGGCAACGACGAGCCUGUAAAAGGCGACCCCCUCGCUCAGCCAAUCAACCAAUCGCUGGAAACUUGUGAUAGUACAAGCACUUGUACCCGAUAUAUCUUAGGACACAUAUAGAGUAGAGUAGAAGGACGAGCCGUUGUUAGGGCUCCUGCACUAAUCCAAAUACUUGGCCUAACACUAACCAAAUUGUGCCAUAAACUAACCCACACACAAUCAAGUCUCUCCUCUAUUUCCCUCUCUAUACUAUAAAAUCUACUUAAUUUGUUGCCCUUGCAGAUAGGUUUUAUAUUCUCGAUCUGGAAUAAAAUGCCUGCAAGGGUAUUUAGACUUCGGCACUUCGAAGCGAACUAUUCUCGCAUCGUAACAAGUUUGUUAGAAGUAGCAUUAAUUAUUUACGUUGUCGCCUCUGUCCCUAAUGUUAGCCUUUUAGCCCUAAGAAAUUGUAAGUCAUGACCCUAGGCAUAAGGCUUUAAUAAUUUAUUAACCACAUACCAAGCACACACAAAACAAAUUGUAAGUAAGCAACAGGAUAAAUAAAUGUUGAAAGUACUAUAAUAUUCAUAAUAAACACACACACAAUGCA